AUGCCGUGCCACAAUCAGCAAAUGAACAGUGUCAACAGUGGCCAGGAUCACCCAGUGAAGCAAGUACGGUUUGCAAGCAGCAGCAGUGUCCCCGCAGUGCUUACGAGCCCUGAGCCAAGUGAUGCCACCCUACUGCACAUCCAGGAUAACCUAGGCCCUCAGCUCAAACUGCUGCCACUGAAUGACCAGAUCCGUGAAUUACAGACUAUAAUCAGAGACAAGACAACCAGCAGAGGAGAUUUUGUGUUUUGUGCUGAUCGACUGAUCAGACUAGUAGUUGAAGAGGGCUUGAAUCAGCUUCCCUACUCGGAGUGCACGGUGACUACACCAACAGGGUACAAGUAUGAAGGCGUCAAGUUUGAAAGAGGCAACUGUGGAGUCAGCAUUAUGAGGAGUGGUGAAGCCAUGGAGCAGGGACUCCGAGACUGCUGCCGCUCCAUCCGCAUUGGCAAGAUCCUCAUCCAGAGCGAUGAAGAGACACAGAAAGCCAAGGUCUACUACGCCAAGUUCCCCCCAGAUGUGUACAGAAGAAAGGUGUUGCUCAUGUACCCCAUCCUCAGUACAGGGAACACUGUGAUCGAGGCAGUGAAGGUGCUGAUAGAGCAUGGAGUUCAGCCCAGACACAUUAUACUGCUCAGCCUCUUCUCUACACCUCAUGGAGCCAAAUCUAUAAUCCAGGAGUUCCCAGAUAUCACCAUCUUGACCACAGAGGUUCAUCCAGUGGCUCCAACACAUUUUGGACAGAGGUACUUCGGCACUGACUAAACUGACAACAACCUGAGGACCACGACCUGCAGCCUGUUUUGAGUAUUUUUGUCCUUUAUUUAAAUGUUUCUUGUGUUCUCCUUGUUGUGCCAAAGUACUGCAACUUUAUCUCCAAAGUUUUCUAGAUGACACAAAAUAAAUAACUUGAUUGUAUUUAUUAUACUUGGGUUUUUUUUUUUGCAGCAUAUACUCAAGCUUCAGAAAGAAAACAAUACUGAACCAUAUGAGGGGUUCAACUUGGAGCAUUUUAUUUCGCAUGUUACAACAAGUAAUCUAUCAAUAAAGAAUUUAUAUUUGUUAACAGAA